UACACCGUUGCCAAGGAGCCAAGUCUGGACAGGAUGAGCAGCAAGGUGAACUUCGUCUUCGACAGCAAUCCCCUGGGUGUCUACCAAGCCGGCCAGCUAAUCUCCGGCACGGCGGAGCUGGUCACGGAGCGUCCGAAGACGAUUCGCUCAAUCUUUAUAACCAUCAAUGGAUACGGCGAGACGCGCUGGCAGGAGAGCGAGGAGCGAGUGGGCGAGGAUGGCAAGGCGACCAAGUCGCUGGUGACCCACACCACCACCGAGGUCUACUACAGCACUGAUCAGCCCGCUUACGGACAGGCCGGCGGCUCCCAGCUGGAGUUGCCCACCGGCAAGUACGUCUUCCCCUUCCGGACGACCAUUCCGCCCAACGCACCCACCUCCUUCAAUGGCGCCCAUGGCCAGAUCAAGCACGAGGUCACCCUAACCAUUGAUCGCGCGGUUCGCUACAACAACACCUUUAAGCAGUGCUUCACCGUCAUCCUGCCACUUGAUCUUAAUAGGCAGCUGGAGUACAAGGAACCCUUGCAACGCUUGGAGUCGAAGAGCUUCUGGUGGGGCUCAAUUUUCGGUGCCCACAAGCCGAUGAUCAUGGACGUGAGCACCUCCUACUCUGCCUACGUGCCCGGCCAGAAGAUCCAUUUCCACCUGGUGCUGGACAACCAGUCGGAUGUGCAGUGCAUGGACGUGAAGGUGCGUCUGCUCAAGAACGUCUCGUAUCGAGCCAACUCAUCGGGGACAAAGGAGCAGCUGAAGGUCACCGAAUCUCGGGUGGCGGACAAGCACUGUGGCGAGGUGCUGAAGCACAACAAGGCGCAGUUCGAUGAGUUCCUCAUGGUGCCGCCAACUACGCCAUCCACACAAAGCGAAAAGGAUCCCAUUCGAGUCAGCUACACACUGCGCUUCAUCGCCAAGACCUUCAAGCUUCACGGUGGCGGGGACUUGGUCAUGGACUUUCCACUAACCAUUGGCACAGUGCCGCUCCUGGGCAGUGCCGAUGACAAGGGACCCGGGGCGGAGAAGGCCCAGCCUAGUGGUGCCUCUCAUCCAGGCGCACCCAACUUCCAGGAGGACGUCAGUGAGGAGCAAUUCGAGGCCAACGCCUUUAAGCCAAGAUAUCCCGUCUACCCAUUUGAUGGAAAGCCCGGAACUAAUGGCUCCGACGGGGCAGCCAACUUUCCCAGUCUUUAUCCCAAGGCAGAGGAGUCGCAUCCUGCUACACCUGUGAAAUUCACACCCAAUCCUGUGUCGCCAGCCUCACAAAAAUCGCCACCAUAUCCGACCAAUGUACCCGCUGCUGCUCCGCCAGGCGGUAAUUUUGAGGUGCUUGGAUUCAGUAUACCACCUGACUAUAAGCCCACGCCCAGUGCUCCAGCCGCCUCUACCACUGGCGGCAUUGGGUGGAAGUAGGGACCAUAAUCCCACCAUUUUGUAUACUACUCUGUAAGCCAUUUCAAAAUACACAAGAAAGCCCGCGUAAGUGGCAACGCUGUGCUCGUGCCAGCAAUAGUAAUA